AUGCCGCUGCCGCUGCCGCUGCCGCCGCAGCAGCCAUCAGGCAGCCCUGAUGGCAGCUAUGGCCGCCGCCGCACGCCAGCCUUCACGCCGCCGCAGCCGCUGCCGCCUGGCCAUGAUGGCGCUGCGUAUGGCAGCCCUGACGGCAGCUAUGCCCGCCGCCGCACGCCAGCCUUCACGCCGCCGCAGGCGCCGCCGCCAGCCAGGUAUACGCCGCCGCCGCCGCCACCGCCUGGCAUUGCCGGCGGCAGCAGCACGAGGGGCAGCGGCGGGCGCGGCCAGCCCGGGGCGUCGGCAUCGACGCCCACCACCGUGUCCCGCCACCAGCAGCGGUACAGCGGCGGCAGCGGGCCCGGCACGCCCGGCAGCGUGAACGGCUCCUUUGCCACCCCGUCGCGGUUUGGGGGCAGCAGCGGCGUCAACAGCGAGGCCGGCGGCACAGCCGGCGCGCGCAAGCCCAGCGGGCGGCGCAGCACCUACUACGCAGACCACCUGCCCAGCAGCCUGCUGCAGCAAGGGCUCAAGAGCGGCUCUCUGUUCCGCGCCACCUUUCGCUGCAACCCGUCAGACCGCACCCAGGGCUACUGCUCGCUGCCGGGCAUCCCCACUGACGUGUUCAUUCGGGGCCUCAAGCUGCAAAACAGGGCGGUGGAGGGGGAUGAAGUGGCCAUCCGCAUCCUGCCCCCCUCAGAAUGGUACCAGCUGUCCAGCAGCAAAGCGGCAGCUGCGGCGCGGCCGCCAGGCGCCGGCGCCACCUCCCCCCAGUCGCCCGCGGCAGCAGCGGCAGCGCCGGCAGCGGCCCACGGCAAUGUGCUCCCGCUGCCGUCGCGGCUGGCGGCGGGCGCGGCGGCCGGCGCGCCGCCGCCCACGCCGCUGGCGGCGGCCGUGGCGGCGGGCCCUGCCGCCAUGACGCCUCCCGCCUGGGCUGGCUCGGGGCAGCGGCGGCCGAUGGGCGACCUGGUGGCAUCUCCUGCUCUGCUGCCCUCAGCUAGCGGCGGAGAGCUGGGCGUCGCGAUGGGCCCAACCCCGCUGAGCAGCGGGGCCCAGGACCCAGCGCUUGCGGCUGCGGAGAGCGAGGAGGAGGGCAGCGAGGGCACAGGCUCGGUGAGCAGCGAGGGCGGGAUGGCUGAGGAGGAGCAGGAGGCGAUGCUGGCAACAGUGGAGGAAGAUGUGAUGGGCCUGCACUUGGAUGCCGACAUAGCAGGGCUGAUAGCCGGCGAGGGCGCCGGUCCGGCCUCCUCAGCUGAGCCCAAGGCGGGCGCUGGAGUGGCUCGGGCAGCAGCCCCCGCGCAGGAGGCAGUAGGAGCAGGGGAGGUGGUGGAGGAGGAGGUGGAGGAGGAGGCAGAGUCGAUGGCUGACUUUCUAGUGAAGGAAGUGCGGCAGCACCAGAUCCAGCCAGCCCCGCUGGCGGGCCCAGCAGGAGCAGGGCGAGGCGGUGCCCUGCCCGCAGCGCCCGCUCCUGCCGCUGCCACGCCUCUGAGCGGCGGCGGCGACCCGCGCCUCGCCUGCUGGCACUCAGCAGCGGGGCAGCCGGUGGCGGCGCUGGAGUUCAUUGCGGGGCAGCUGCGGCAGAUGGAGGGGUGGCGCGUCACCGGCGAGGUGGUGGCUGUGCUGGAGCCCUCGCGCCGCCGCGAGUCGGUUGUGGGCGUGAUGAAGCAGGAGGGGGAGAAGGACACCGGCACUUUCUUCCUGUUCCCAUGCGACCCCCGCCUGCCCCGCAUGAUGGUGCGCUCCGCCACGCUGCCGCCACAGAUCAAGCAGAUGCUGAAGACUGAGGCGCAGGCGCUGGCGCUGUCGGCGCGCACGCUGGUCAGCGCACGGCUGGCGGCCUGGGAUCCCGGCUUCCCCUUCCCGCUGGCGCAGGCAAGGGUGCGUGCCAGCCUGGGGCAGGCUGGCGACCUUGCCAGCGAGACGGCGGCGCUGCUGUCUAUGGAGCAGGUGCAGGACGACGACCAGUUCACUCCAGAGGUGCUGGCCUGCUUGCCCCCCACACCCUGGAGCAUCAGCGAGGAGGAGGUGGCGGCGCGCCGCGACUUGCGCCGCCACCGAGUGUUCAGCAUCGAUCCUCCCACCGCCAGGGACCUGGAUGAUGCACUCUCUGUGUACUUGGUGGAUAGAGUCAUUCCCAUGCUGCCCCGCUUAUUGUGUGAGGAGCUUUUGAACCCUGGUGUGGACCGUCUGGCGUUCAGCGUGGUGUGGGAUCUCAGCCCUGAAGGAGACAUCCUGUCCACUUGGGCGGGACGCACCGUGAUCCGCUCCUGCGGCAAGCUGGCCUACCCACACGUGCAGAGCAUGAUUGAGGGGCAGUUCCUGGCGCUGGAGGGGCAGGAGCCGCCGUGUGAGCUGGCUGGAGGGCACAGCUGGCCAGACGUUGUGAAGGACAGCCUGACCCUGCACCGCAUCGCCAGCCGCCUGCGCAAGCGGCGGUUUGACAGCGGGGCGCUGAGGCUGGACAACACCCGCCUGUACUUCAAGCUGGAUGGCGAGGGCAACCCGCAGGACUAUGGCGUCUAUGAGCAGGCGGGCACCUGCCUUGUUGCUCGCGAGGCCAACCAGCUGGUGGAGGAGUUUAUGCUGCUUGCCAACAUGACCACAGCGCGCAUGGUGGCGGAAGCCUUCCCAGACAGGUCGCUGCUGCGCUGCCACCCCCCCCCCAACACACACAAGAUGGCGGAGCUGUCGGGCACGGCGGCGGAGCUGGGCUUCCAUCUGGACACCUCGGGGGCGGGCUCGCUGCAGCAGUCGCUGAGCGCGCUGCGCGAGUCCGCAGCCACCGACCCCGCAGCCCUGGAAGUCAUCACGCUGCUGGCGACCAAGCCCAUGCAGAACGCCCGCUACUUCUGCACCGGCGAGACGCCCGACGAGUCCUUCUGGCGCCACUUUGCCCUGGCCGUCACACACUAUACGCACUUCACCUCCCCCAUCCGCCGCUACCCAGACAUCAUUGUGCACCGCCUGAUGGCGGCGCUGCUGGAUCGGCAGGGCAGCAAGGAGCAGCGCAUGGCACGGCACGGGCUGUACCCUACACGUGAGGUGGGGGCGAUUGCGGCGCAUGCCAAUGAUCGCAAGAUGGCAGCCAAGAGUGUGCAGGAUGGCAGCCUGCGGCUGUACCUCUGCGUCAUGCUGUACCGCCAGCCCCUGGUGUGCGACGCAGUGGUGAUGCAGCUGGGAGGCUCCCGCUUCUUUGAUGCCUACAUUCCUGCCCUGGGCUGCGAUGUGCGCAUCCACACCGGCUCCUUGCUGCGUGGCGGCGACGGAGCCAUCGUUUCCGCCUGGCAGCCCGCCGACAAGGUGCUGGAGCUGCGACACGCGGCCUCAAACCAGCAGCAGCGCGGCGAGCAGGAUGAGCCUGAUUAUUCAGACAUCCCCAACCUCCCGGCGCUGCGCAACCCCGGCGCCAUCUCGCCUGUGGAGUUGCCGCUCACGCUGUGCAUGCUGGCCCAUGUCCCCAUCCUCGUCAGCAGCCGGCGCAGCCAGACCAGCGGCAGCCCGACCCACGUGGUGGCCAAGCUGUGGCUCAAGCCGGCACCCGGUUGUGGGGAGGAACGGCAGGCGGCGCCGCCGCUGGCGGGAUCGCAGGCCGAGCAGGCGGGGUUGCGCGAAGCCCUGGCGCCUGGCAUCCAGGAGAACUGGGAUUGA